AUGUCUCAUAUUCCUAGGACAACCGAGGCAAAAAAAGGACCAUGGUGUAAAUAUUGUCAACAACACCGAAGCACACAGCGCUUUGACAAGCACAUCAAGUCCUGCAAGGUCAGAAAUCAGGAACAAUUAGAGCUAGCGGCACGACAAGAAAACCAUUCAGAGAAACGGUGCUUAGGGAGAUCACUCGAGGAGCCAAAUCAAAAAAGAAAGAAAACUGUUGAGGUGUUAACGUCUCUCUUUUUCAACUUCUUAAAUUUACAGUUCUGUGCAUCUUAUCAGGCUGACGGAGACCAGACUCAAGUCAAUGACGAGGUUGAAGCGGGUCCUCCAAUCAGCGCAGAAUCUGGUAACGACGAAACCAAUGUCCAACAGAUAUCAAGUGCAACUUUUAUUCAAGUUGUCCACCAUCCUCAAAGUGGGAAGCACGACCCAGUCAUAAUUCCCCUUGACAGUGUUAUCCCUUCAGCUGAUCAAGGCAACCACGAAGCUGGACUUGGCUCUGCAUUGGAGAUCAAACCGUGGGCGCCCUUUCGCAAUCGUGCCGACUUUGAAUAUGCGGAAACAGCUGUCAAGGGAUUAUUAAGUAAAGCAAUAGUAAACACACAGUUAUAUGGGAUACAUCAUGGAUGGGCAGAUAAUACUAACAUUACAUUUCGGAACUAUGCAGACAUCGAGAAGACUUUACAAGUAGCACGUGCGCAAUAUGUCCAGUUUCAAGAAGGAAAUGUUUCUGCAUGUUAUCUAGGAGAAACUCAUUACUUCAAGUUUCAGUACCGAGAUCCGUGGAAAAUCUAUCGCAACUGGAUUAUGGAUGAGACAUUAGCGCCUCUCAUCCUUUGGCAUCCUUGCCGCAAAUAUUAUUGCCGUCGAAAUGGUAGGAUAGUCUUGAAAGAACGCAUAUACGACGAGUUCAAUUCAGCCAACAAAUGGUGGGACGUACAGGAAUCCUUUCCACAAGAAGAACCACCGCAUUGCUUUCUACCGAUCUCUCUCUGGCUUGACAAAGGCAACAUCACUAAGCGGGUCAAGAAGCACCCUAUAAUUAUUCGUCCGCUAUUUUUGCCGCGGGGGGUAAGAAAUGCGUCGGGAAAUGGAGGAGGUGUUCUUGUAGGGUAUAUGCCCAUUCCUUUGGACCCGGCCGACCCAUCUGACAGAAACACUGCUGAUACCAUUAAAUGGCAGUGCUUCAAGCGUGAAGUUUACCACAAGGUUGCCGAAGUAAUAUUCCACUCACUACGAUGGCCUGCACGCUUCGGAGAAGCAAUGGCCUGUGGUGACAAAAUUGAUAGAGUGAUACAUCCAGGAAUACCAGUCAAGUCUGUUGAUGGCGAAGAAAGCUGUGCGCUAACAGCUACGCGUGCGGCCCUGGCCAAAUUUCCAUGCCCGAAAUGUCUUGUCUGCCAUGACAGUUUAACGAAACUAUGCGGAAAUUUUCAGUGUCGCACAACUGACAACAUGGAGAAGGUGUACAAGCGUUCAAUCACAGCAUCAAAUAAAACGGAGGCUGAACGAAUCUUACAAGCCCACGGAUUACAUGCAACCAAGAACUUUUUUUGGUCACUCGACCACUCAGACCCAUAUUGUUCCAUUUCAUACGAUAAAUUACACUCCGAUGAUCUAGGAAAAUGGGGUAAGCACAUCUGGCCGCUCCUCCUCACAGUGUUAGCAGAAAACGGAAACAAAGGCCAUAUGGCCAGAAACAUGCGGAAUGUAUCAAGAUGGCCUGGACUCAAACACUUCAUGAACGUCACCACAGUCGAAUAUGCGGAUGGUCAAGUGUUUUAUGAUAUACUCAAGUGCAUCCUCCCAUGCAUCGUCCAAAUUCUCCCUAGGAACUCAACAUUAGUACAUGGUAUCCGAGCCUAUGCUAGAUAUCGGCUCAUGAUUGGCCUCAAUUGUAUGACCGAAGGGAGGACACACCGGCUAAAACAAUAUAUUAUUCAAUAUGAACAAUGUUGUGAACACAUUUCAAACAAUUACGAGAAGGACUUCCACUUUAGCAAGCAACACGCCAUAAAUCAUAUUCUCACAGAAAUCCGGCAGAAGGGUGCAACGGAUAACUACGACACACGAGUCAGCGAGGGCUUUCACCAAGAGGCGCAAGAAGCCUACGAGCAGACAAACCGGAAAGAUACAGACAGCCAGAUGGCUCGCAUUGACGAGAACCAAGAAGCCAUCGCCCACAUACGGAUGACCGUCGACAACUAUGAUAAAGCCCACCAUAACGACACUGAGGACCAAGACUUAGGAGAUGACGCUGGCAGAAAUGAUGACCAGAGGUCGACACAACCUACCCCCGAUAACCACUGGAUGCUAGGAUCUCCCACAAACCUGACAAGCUCGGUAGUCAUGGAGCAUUGCGAGGGCCUCAAAGGAUUUGACAAGCGUCUGCGGAGUUUUUUAGUCUCAAGUUGCAAUGUAGCCGUUGGAGAUGGUCCCAUCUCAAUCAGGAAAUAUCAAUGCAUUUAUCUUAAGUAUCAAUCACACGAAGACUGGAGCGAAGGACGGGACAUCCUUCGCUGCAACCCCAACUUCAAUAAAGAAUCACGCUUCGACUGUGUUCUCAUUAACACAGACACAUCGGAGCCAGUUCCUGCUCAACUCCAAACCGUCUUUCGAUGUUUCCUUCAGUCCUCUUCGUUUGAUAUUGUGUCGGUCAAGAUAUUCAAGCCAUCAAAUGGAAUUCCGAGGACCAGAUGGUCGGGGGCACUUUUGUAUGAUGAAGCGAGAGAUUUCAAGCUGGUCAUGGCUAAGUCCCUGAUUCGGGGAGCUCAUAUGAUCGAGGCUUUUGAUCUGAAGGAAGGCCGGUUUUAUUUAAAUGACUUGAUUGAUGGUGAUAUGUUCCUACGUUUCGGGAACUGA